AUGGCUGCCAAGCGUCAAACACUUUAUAAAACAGAGUAUUCUCUUGAAUUCGGUGUCAAAGUCUGUGAGCGUGAUGCUGUCUUGAAUGUUAUAGUAUCCGCGUCUUGUCUUUUCUCCAUUCACUUUGGUCGUGAAGAGCAAAUCGGCGCGAAACAAAGCUGCACAGUAAAUAUUAUGUACUUCAAUAAGCCCUUGCGUGCCGACACGUACCGGAGGCACAUGGUGUCACAUCAUCCAGGGCGCUGGAAAGAGUACAGUGAGCUGACCCCUACUGAAAAAACUGUUUUCUUUGACGACAAUGCUCAUGUGAUUCACCGCAACACUAUCAAAUCACAUUUUUUUGGUGCUCAAGUUCCUCUUCACUUGUUUGUGAACAAGCCUAUUGUUGAUGUUAUCAUCAGAGAGAUGCUCUUCCAUCUUAAUGAUUCGAACGAUGAGAUUACGAAGGAGCAUGCUCUUAACAUUUUUGAAGAUGUGAUCAAUCGUUUAGAAGCUAAUGCUAUAGCUGACGAUGAUAAUGACUUCGUCGCCGAUAGAUAUCGAAUCGACUUGAAGAAUCCCGCUCAAUUUAAUCUGAUUGCUGAUUACCUCAGCGUCAGCGCUUCCUUUCGAAUGACCUCAAGAAUUCUUAUGAUGACGAAGGAGCGCACUGGAUUGACCUCUAUUGGCUCUACAUCUGAAGGUAAGGUGACUAGCUACGCUCACUUUAUUUGUGCGCUGAAUCUUCAAACGCUGCUCGAGCUGCUUUCUCAAGUGUGGACUUUUUUGAUCGCAAUGGAUAUCUGCCAUACUGGUGAACAGAUUUUUUUGCCCGCUUGUAGAACUCUUGAUAUUCUCGCUCUUCGCAAAAUGACGGAUCGUGUUCAGGGCGUCGCAACUCGCUUCCAACAAGCUGCUCUUCCGGGCUUCUACCGUCUUUGGUGUGGUUUACAUCAGCUUGACAUCAAGCUUCAGGCUUUCUUCGCGGCUUUGAUGGACGAACAAUUCUACUCAGAUCUCACUAGCUUAAUCUCAUAUUUGAAGCGGCAGCAGAAUCUCAUACUUGAUAUGCAGACCAAGGCCAAGACAGUUGCAAACACUCGAUGGAAAUCCAUGAGCAAAGUCUCAGGCUGGUUCAAGGUUCACUGUGUCGCUAUGCAUGUUUAUCUUGACCUGAAAAAGCCUGCGUGUGCCUCAAAUCCAGCUUGGUGGAUUGUCAUCAUGUUCAUUGAGAAACUUUCAGCUGAGGCGACACUUACCUUUCGGAGCCUUGAAGGGCUUACAUCUUUGGUAUCUCAACAACGUGAGGGUAUACUGAAUUUGAAUUCGACAUAUGCACUACUUUCGGAUGAUAGUCAGUUUUUAUUGAAGCUAACAGAUAUGCAAGCAAUGCUCGAUGACCUCGGUAGUUUUGUGCUAGAUCGAAUUCAAGAAGCUGGAGUUGAGGUAAUGGCUGAGGUUAUGAAGGAUUUUGCGACUUGUUCAGUGAAUCUCAUUGCCGACGUCAUUACAAUUAUCGUUGAGCUGGAUUACUCGAACGAAGCUGCCUCUGAAAUGCCUCCAGUGCUUCCGCAUCAACUUGUGGCGCUACGUGGUCGUGAGUUUGCUCAGGGAAUUCUACCUGCGAAACAGUUCAGUAGAAUGCAAGCCAUUAAGUUCAAUUAG